CGAGGAGGGGUUAGAUCGGCGCAGGCGCAAACGCAUCGAAGCUACCAGAAAGAUAUAAACGACGGUGUCGACAGCUGUGGCGCGGGGGAACCGCGGUGUGUCUAAAGCAGCCUUGUGAGUUUAAAAAGGAUCCUUCCUCAAGGCUUUGGACUGCUGUCUGUGCUUUUUUUGGAAAAGCUCUGUCAGUGUUCAAACCUUUACAUAUCUGCGUCCAUCCUUUCAUCUUCCUUUCAGCGUCUCCAUAUGGCGGAGAUGAGGAGGUCACACUUUUCCCACAUCUGGGAGGAGGAAGAGUGCUUAGAAUACUAUGGGAUGGUUUCCUUGCACCGCAUGUUUGAGGUGGUUGGCUCUCAGCUUACAGAGAAUGACAUAGAAGUGCUGUCCUUCCUUCUGGAUGAGACACAGCCUUGGACCCAUCCACUGGAUCCUGCCCUUUGGGCUUUAGCAGCGGUAGACGAAGGUGGAGCUGAAAUCACUUCACUUGUGCUAGAGAACUGGAAGAGGAAGAAUCAGUGUGGGUGUAACUUGAGCAAGGCCGAUGGUAAUCUGGAGAUGGCUUCCAGUCGGCAGCGGCCCAAGAAUGGUGUUGAACUAUUCCUGGAGCUGGAAAGGAGGGGGAAAUGUGAUGAAACCAACUUCACACAGCUGCUGCAACUUCUGAGGGUGCUGACAAGACACGAUCUGCUGCCAUAUGUAACCCUGAAAAGGCAGCGUACAGUUUCUCCAGAGAGGUAUACAUAUGGGCCAUCUGUCGUGUCAUCCGACCAACAGGUAGACAACUGUCUCAACACAGCCUCUGCAGACACUCGGCAUAAUCAGUGGGAGACAGGCUCCAACUCCUCCAACAAAAGGAAGCGAGUAAGCAGAGGCAGGGCAAAGGCUGCUCCUCCUCGCAGGCGUCGGGGAGCCAAAGCAGCUUGUGCUCCAAAGCAGGAAGUCCAAACUCCUACCAAAGUGACUUGUGACAUCAGGCUCCGUGUUCGUGCAGAGUACUGUGAGCAUGAACCCAUCUUGCGUCAGAACGUGAUGUCAAACAAGCAGAACCAGCUGGAGCGUCAGUUUGAUGUCUUUGGACAGUCCAACACCAUUCUCAAAUCUCGUGACCUGGGCUCAAUCAUCUGUGACAUCAAGUUCUCAGAGUUGUCCUAUCUUGAUGCCUUCUGGAAUGAUUAUAUGAAUGGCUCGCUGCUGGAGGCGCUGAAGGGGGUCUUCAUCACAGACUCGCUCAAAGAAGCUGUGGGGCAGGAGGCUAUCAGGCUGCUAGUCAAUGUGGAUGAGGACGAUUAUGAAGAGGGACGCCGUGUCUUGCUGGAAAGUGUGAUUCCCCAGGCCUGGUGAUCUAGCCUCCGGGAAGCUUAAGUAUGGUUUCCUCUCCAGGACAUGCUAUUGUUCUGAUUACCACGUGGACUGCAAAACUGAAAAAACCUGACUUUGGAAAAGGAACCUUUGUCUGAUCGUGGGGCCAAGGCUGGAUCUUGGAAGCAAUGAAUCCCCAGGGAGUCAGUGUGCCACAGAUGCACAUGUUGUGGUUGAAGCAUUAAAUGAACAGCAGGGAAUGAUCUUAAGGGACAUUCAAAUGUAGCAGAGCUCAGACAGAGGCACCCACUUAAAAGUGGUUUCUUCUCCCUCUGAACUGAAUGGAGCACCUUGUGCAGAAGUACUUGUCCAAAGAACUAUGAAACGGGCACAAAUUGGGAGAGUAUAUAAUGGUCACUACCAGUGUUUGAUUCCCACUUCCACCACAAUGGAGAGCAGCCUCAUCUUGCAGAGGUGCUAACAGACUUCCCUGAAAGUUGGCAGUGAGGCAUGCUGUAUUUUGCUGUUUUGUAGGAUCAAGAAUACUAUCUGCUGUUGGGGUUAGACUUUUCCCUCCUCUAAGUUAAAUAUGCAGACAUGGCCAGGAUGCUGUUGGUUGUAAACCGUGGAACUUGAGUUACUUUCCUUAGGGAUAUUUUUCAAUUGUCUAUGGCUAUUUGUACAUAGUAUAAAUAAGAGUUUUUUUUAAAGCCAAGCCGUUCACCCAGCAUCUCUGUUAGGAGUCUGUUUCAUUGCACUUGGGAAGGGGCAGAAACCUGUAAUUUAAGUUUUUUUUUUACAGAACAAAAGAAUUUUUGAUGUUCUUGUAUCAUAUUUGGAAAUGACAAAUGUUAAUAAAAAGAGUUUGCAAUU